AUCGCGCUACUGCAGCGCCGCCGGCUCCCCUCCCGCUCCCUCGGGGUAGCCUUGGCUUUCUCGCCUGAGGGAGAAGGAAGCGUGGCGAGCGCUGCUGUCGCAGCUUGUCCGGCGGGUGGGUUGCCUCGUAGGCUGCCCGCCGCGGCCUGUGUGGCAAAGCGGCGCGCGACCAAGAGGAGCCCGAGAAGAUACUUGUGGGAGCAUGGUGGACAUGCUACCCGGCGCGCCUGCAUCCCGUAACCUUUCCUUCUGCGGGGUGGGCAGGAAGGGCGCGGAGGAGGCCUGCUAGGGAAGGGCUGCGUAAGGACAGGAUCGUUUUUUAACAGUCACUUCACUGGUAGGAGCCCAGGGCGGCGACUGUUGACUCUGGUUCGUUGAGAUGCUCAGAAUCAGAACUACAGGAAUAUCCCGCAUUAACGUACGCAAUGGGUCCAGAGCGACAAAACCAAACAGAAAGCUGACAUUUUUGUAUCUGGCCAACGAUGUUAUUCAGAACAGCAAAAGAAAAGGACCAGAAUUUACAAAAGAUUUUGCACCUGUCAUAGUGGAGGCCUUUAAACAUGUUUCCAGUGAAACUGAUGAAAGUUGUAAGAAGCACCUUGGCCGUGUGCUCUCUAUUUGGGAAGAAAGGUCUGUUUAUGAAAAUGAUGUAUUGGAACAGCUUAGACAGGCUUUGUAUGGUGAUAAAAACCCAAGAAAACGCCCAUAUGAACAGAUAAAUGUUGAAGACAAUAACUGCUCAACACAAAGUUCUCCAUGUGAUCCUCCACAGACUGCAGAUCUCAUAAGAGCAUUACAAGAAUUGGAAAAUGCAGCCUCUGGGGAUGCAGCAGUUCAUCAGAGGAUAGCCUCAUUACCUGUAGAGGUCCAAGAUGUGUCCUUGCUUGACAGAAUAACAGAUAAAGAAUCAGGAGAGCAGCUUUCCACGAUGGUAGAUGAUGCAUGUAUGUUGCUGGCGGAUUACAAUGGCAGGUUGGCAGCUGAAAUAGAUGAUAGAAAACAGCUAACUCGGAUGUUGUCAGACUUUCUGCGAUGCCAAAAAGAAGUCCUCUCAGAGAAAGAGCAAACAUUGGAAGAAUACAAGCGCAAGUUAGCCAGAGUCUCUCAGGUACGGAAAGAACUCAAGUCACGUAUCCAGACCCUUCCUGACCUUUCAAGACUCCCCAAUGUCACAGGAAGUCAGGUGCAUCUUCCGUUUGCAGGAGAUGUCUAUAAUGAUGAUUGACAUUCAGAUGUUCCACUGGAAAGAGGAAUUGGUCGGAUUGAUGGAUAUUAUUUUUGUAUAUUUGUUGGGAGUAGCACUGAAGUGUUCUAAUUUAUAAGAAAUGUCAAAUGUUGCUUUGUUUACUAUUUUACUGAAAGAGUGAUGAAGCAGGUACUAUAAGAGGCAGCAUCUGUGUUAUUAUGUUUAAAAGAGAGAUUAUUGCAAUUAACUUUUGUACUCUGAUUAGACCCAGUAGAAAAUUGUUUCUAUUUUUAUUUUUCUUACGUGAUCUUUACUGGAUAUGGUUCUGUUAAUUAAACUUAGCAUAAGAAUCUGCGCUUAGCAAGUGAAGAAAUACAGAAAUUGAUCUUUUGGUUGCAAAAGAUAACUCCUGCAACUUGGUUUGAAAUGUGACAGUAAUCGUUUUCUUCUCCAAAAAAGUCAAUUGUCUUAAUAUUAUGUCAUUUAAAAAACUUUGAAUACAAAUCAUAUUAAAAGCAGAUGUUGAAUGACCAAAAAUGACCUUAUUUAAGUGAAUUAGAACACUGAAUGUUAUAGAAUGUUACUAAUAAUCAUUCCUCCUCUCUUGCAAGCUGAUUUUUUAAUACUGAAUGACCAUAUAUUUGCACAAUAACACUUUUCUAGACCAGUCUCAGUCGAAAAACCUCAUCUUAGAAAACAAACAGGCCAGUAGGGGUAGUCUGGAAGCAACUGGUAUAUCAGACUGAAUCUGUAUUUAUUUUCAAUUAACUGUGCUUAAUAGUAAAAGAAAAGCUUAACAGUUCAAUCCUGUACAUGUCUGCUCAGAAGUAAACCCCACUGUAUUCAGUAGGGCUUACUUCUAGUUAAGUGUGCAUAGGAUUGAAGCACAAGAACAUAUUGCUGUGUGUGCUAUAUUGAUUAGGUGGAGCUUUAAACUAUCCUCUUUUCUGUAAUGGGGAACUCACCCAGUGAAGUAAACAAGGGGGAUUGCUGCCAUGUUAGUUGCUAGAAGAUUCUUAACAAUUCACUCCCCAGCUCAAAAUAUUAACACUGAGAAAAUUUAUACUUGACGACCCAUGGGAGAGAUGAAUACAUGCUGAUGUCCCCCCUGCCUCUCAGCAUAUUUACCUAUUUACUUGCACAGACCACUUCCCAUAUUGUCUAUGAGCCAGGAGUCUAAAAAUGGGCAGGUGGUUACCAUCUGGGGCUAUAUUUGUCAUGGGUACCAGUCACAAAAUAGCUGAUGCAGGGCAUGGCAUAACACAAAAUGACUGCCACAUCUUAAAAGAUCAAAAAAAGAAAGAAAAAAGGAGGACCACAAAAUGGUUCAGACAUGCCCCCCCCCAGCAGGAAAAAGGUAUCUACUAUUGUGCACUUUUUCAGUAAUGCUCUCAAAAAUUAUAGACUGAAAUCUAUACUUUCAAUACUUUAUGGAUGUUUUCCAGUAAAUGUGGCCCCCCAGGACCCAAAUAGGGCAAAACAUGUAAUACCUGUAGCCCCAAACUGGUUGUUAUGAUGUUAAGGUAUUUUUUUCAGUGACAGCUACUCAUUACCAAAUCGCUAACAUGGCUGAAAAUUUUUGAAAAUUUACCCCAGAUAAUAACGGCCCACCCCUUCGGACUCAUAGACUGUUAAAAUUUCAGAUACUGAAGUGACUGGUGGGUGUUAGCGCCCCUUUCUGUGACUUAGAAUUUUAAGUCAGGAAAUGGGCUUAAGGGACACUGCCCUGCUCUCUGGUCUACUUUUAACUCUUCACUGUCACCCUUAAACUAUAGACCAGUGACAUGGAUUACAUUUCCACUGCUGGAAAAAUGUUGCAUGGUAAUAGGCAGACAAAACAAAUUGUUUCACAACAAACAUACUAUUUUGAAUAUAGCUGCUUAAAUAUGUGAAAAUAUAGUUCCUCUUUCUCAGACAAGACCCUCAUAGAGUUAGUAUGUAAACAUACUGGCACAGUUUGUUAUUGUUGCUACAUCUCCCUUAUUAUAGCAAUUUUAGUUAUAAGCCAUUUCAUUGUCAGUCUUGAAUGCAAAACCCAGUUGCAUCCACUUCUAGUACAUCACAGUUUCAGCAUGAAACAUCUAAGGUCAAUUAAUUUUGAAUGAAGUACAUGCUUACACUUCUUCCAAUGAAAUAAGUGAGAAAUAAAAGUGCUUAAUCUUUUGUGUCUUGCUCUAAUUUUAUGGAAGAUGCAAACCAUGAGAAAAAAAUACUUUUCACUUGUAUUUUAAACAGCUUGUCCCUAACAGUUUGAAGGUUUUUGAUUUUAUUUUAGUAACAUAGUCCUAAAAUACUGAUAGACACAUGUAAGAAUGCAACAGUAUAUAAGGUGCUCAGUAGUCUCAGGCAAUGUUUCAAAUAAAACAUCUGGAAAGGGGGAUUUCAAAGUUGAAAAUUCUCCAUAUUGAUAAAUCGUUUUGUGGUUCAGGUAUACUACAGGUCUAAACUAUAAUUUUAUUUCUGCUUUUUCUAAUUCAUUCCAUUCCAAACAUUGGGUGGUUAUUACAUCCAGAUUUAGCAGAAUAUAAAUAAUUUCCUUUUCUUCCAAGAACACUUGAAAACUCAAUUCAUACCACAUAGGUUUGCAUAUCCUGGCUUUAUUUAUAUAUCAGGUUUUUGGCAUGUAAUGUUGAGCCAUAGAUUAGUGUUACAACCCCGUUAUUGAAACUGUAGUAAAUCAACUUGUAAUGUUCCCUGUUUGUUUCAAUAAACCGUACUAAACAGUAAACUACAGUUCUUUGUUUGGACAUAACAAGAAGCUGCAGUUAGUUGAAAAUGGUAGCAAAACCUACCAGUCUCCCCUCCCAUCUCGAGCAUGGCAUCAAAUAGGAGGAGAGUGAGUAUGAGUCCAAGUUUUGUGCACUUAAUUUAACAUACAUGGUGUAGUGUUACAUCAAACCAGGCCACUGAGCAUUGCUGAAACACUUGGUUAUAUGAUUAAUUUUUCUAUGUGUGAAUAUUUUUGUGGCAAAUAAAAGCACCCUUCUUUUACCAACGUGUAGAAAAUAAGCUGUUUGAAAAGGUGGUCUACAGAUAGAUUCAUAGUCUGCUCUUGGUAGAUAACUUUGGGGAAAAUGUUUACAUUCCAACUUGCAUCUGUUUUAUUAGGAGCCUAUGACAGCAUUCACAUACCAUGGAAAUCCAUAAAGCAUACUGUCAGACCCCUACUCUGGGUCUGGUCUCGUAAUGGAUCUCUCACACUGGCCCCAGCACAGGUCUGUCAUGAUCCCACUACUAGGUGGCACCACCUGACACUCUGUAAGGCAAUACUGCCCCGAGACUGUGCCUUAGUCUCCUCCUCAGAUUACUACCUAGUGUCUGGGUGCACUUACAGGCUACAACCCCCCUGUAUCUUUCUGCCUUUAAAGAUUACAGCCCUGGGUUGCUUUGGAUACCUGCUGCUGUUACACUAUCCCUUCACCGCUGCCACCAUUGAUACUGUUCCCAGCUUUGGUAUUUGCUCUGCCCACCCUUCUGGUCUGUAAUAUCCCAGCCAAGGAUCAGGCGUGUUGUUGAAACAAAACUAUUUAUUUAUUAACACAAGGAAAAAACAAGAUUACUUUACAUUCAGUCAACAUGCGUGUGGUUACAUAUAACAGUUUUCUCUUUAUAUAUCUUAGUCCUAAAGCCUGCCUCACUACCUGCCUAAACACAAAUCCACCCCUUCAAAACCCAGAACCAACAACCAACCAACCCUCUCCAACUGUCAUCCUCUCAUUUAUACCUUCAACCACCCAGACACUCAGCCAAUCACAACUCAAAUUCUUCAACAUUCCAACUCAUAUACUCCCCUCUCCCAACUCUCUCUACUUACCAUAUUUACACUACAAAACCCGCACUUACCAUAAAUACUGUGCAAAUAUAACAGGGGCAUCACACAUACCUCCCUGUGAUCAUUUCUGUUUUGGUCCAUACUCUUAGGAUCAAUGAAACACUAACCUUGGUUUGCCAUGACAUGCGUAUCAAUGCUUAUAACUUCUUUCUUCUAAACAGAUCAGGAUUGGUAAGCCAAGAACAAACUUUGAGAUCCAGGUUUCAAAAAUUUGAUGCCUUACUGAAAUACGACUUGUUGAAAAUACUUCCUCAAGGUAAAGAGGAGGUGGACACUAAUUAAAAAAAUAGAUACAGUCCAGCCAAAGGCAAGCCAUUUUUAAGUCCCAUUGAUUUCAGUGGUAUUUUGAAGUUUUUACUUUGGUAGACCAUGCCCACUCUUCUCCCCCACUCCCCAGGAUUUUAGUUUGAUUAGUGUAUGGCUAACCUAUUUAAAGUAGCUCAUUUGAGGUUUUUCCUCCAGUAUUAAUUUUUCAAGGAAAAACUUGUAUCUCUUUCUACAUUACAACUCAACUAACAUUCUCAGAUUGCCUGUAGAAACCAAAUUAUCACUAUAUUUCAUAUUCUAAACAUAGCCAUUCGUAUUUUGAGAAAAAUAGGGCUCAGAAGCUGUAAAUAUUCCCCAAGUAAAACCAGAGUUUCAGUGACAUACAAAGUUACUAAUUUUACCACAUUCAGAAUGUUUAAAUAAAUUAC